CGGGGCCAGUCUGGUCUGCCCUGGCUGGCGGCCAACAGCCUGGGUAAUCGUCUCUUGAGGACAUGGACAGGUCCUAAAAGUAUUCAUCUGAUCUGUCGGAGAUGGAAUGUGAUGAUUUGUGGAUAAUGAAGACUAGCUGAAAGACAGUGAGGAGGGACACGACAGGCUGCUGCUCCGGAGCUGUUCCUGGUGUCUCUCUGCACUGUAACCAUGGCGAUGCUUAGCGUACCACUGGUGGUGGUCUCUUGCAGCUUCCUGGUGUUCCAGUGGCUGUUCCAUGGUGUCAGCCCGCGGCUGUUUUCAUGGCUCUGCCCUGCCUUCGUCCAUCUACCGCACACACACAGGAUGGAGUGGAACGCCAGAACAGUCUCUACGGUCCAUGCUCUUGUAGUGUCUCACUUCAGUCUGUAUAUAUUUCUAUUUGACGAAGGCAUCAAUGAGAACCCUAUCUGGGGAGAUCCAACAUUGGUGAAGCUCAACGUUGCCAUAACAACUGGAUACUUACUCUCAGAUUUGCUCAUCAUGUUUUCCUCUUGGGAGAUUACUGGGGACAAACUCUUUGUGUUGCAUCACCUAGCGGCUCUGUAUGCCUACUCAUAUGUCCUGGACCAAGGCAUAUUGCCCUAUUUUGCCAACUUUCGCCUUUUAUCAGAGUUCUCCACUCCUUGUGUAAACCAGCGAUGGUUCUUCAAAGCGCUGGGUUACCCCAAGACCUCUGUGCCAAACCUGGCCAAUGGUGCACUGAUGGCAGCCAUAUUUUUCUUGGUGAGGCUUGCUGUGCUUCCAGUCUACUACUACCGCGUCUUUGGAGUCUAUGGCACACAAGCCUACCACCUGCUGUCCACUGGGGGCCGUUUGGCAUGGCUGCUGUCCAGCCUCUGUCUUGACCUACUGAACGUGCUCUGGAUGCGGCGUAUCUGGAAGGGAUGCCUGCGGGUCCUCCACUCCUACAGAGGGGUCAGGGGUCAGCCCGGCUUCAAGACAGACUGAAUCUAUGUUUGUGACUCUAUGUCUUGGCAGACAGAAACUGUAGCUUCAACGUCACUGUAAUGUUGCGAUGUGAAUCUAUGUUUUGGCAGACAGGAACUGUAGCUUUAAUGUCAUUGAGAUGUUAUGAUGUGAAUCUAUGUUUCAGAGUGUGUGAAAAGAAGACAGUUAUGACGCACAUUACCGGGUUUACCGUAGUCUUCUUGCAUCACACAAUAAAAAAAGGUAUUAGGUAAGAUAAGAGCUAUAACUACAGUCCAAAUUCUACUCUACAGUACUCUAAAGGGUCACUACCACGGAAUACAAUGGUUGCCAGAGCAGAGUGACAGACGUCACAUGUUAGCCUGCUGAGCUACUCAAAAUGUGCAAAUGAUUGUUUUUUGAAAGUUGCAAUUGCGAACAUAUAUUAAAACAUCAUAGGGAUGGGAGAAACAUCUGCCAAGAGUUCCAUAUCAACUACAUGACUAGGCCUAUAUCAAUGUGGCAGAUAUGCAAUACAUUCUGGAAAAUAAAUGAAACUAUGCAAUUCA